AUGGAUGUGUUAGGAGACCUUAGCGGUAUGCUGCACAAAAACAGCAUCAUGGAGGUUCAGGAUUCCACAAGAAACUUCUUCAUCAUGGAUUCAGAGCAACUAGUAGUGAAUCCAUUCGAAGAUCUUCAGAAAGAGGCUCUGGAUGUCACAAAAAAAGUGUCGGUUACUGAGAAAUUAGUCAGUGUCAAAAACAAUAUAUGUGACAACCAUUUCAAUAUCAAGCAUGGCCAACUUCAGCGUGAGGUGAACCAGAAAAUGAAGAAAAUUCAUGACAACUCGAGUGCUCUUCGCUACGAAGUAAAAGUGUUUGAUAUCAAUAAAAGGAAAAUAGAUCUAGAGACGAAACAAAGAAUUCAACCCGAGAAAGACUUUACUUACGAUGCUACACAAAUAAACAAUUCUGAAAAGCGUCUAGGUAUUAUGCAGGAUUGUUAUUAUCUAGACAAACAACAAAAGUUUCCAUUACGGGGUCGUACCCUAAAUGACUUGGAUUCUGCGCCUUUGGUGUCUAAAGCCCGUAACAAACUACGGGAGCAAGAACAGUUACAACGCGCCGAGGAACGGUCUCGAAUAGCAGCGUCAACACCUGGAGCUCUGUCAGUCAAUUCUCAAAGUACACAUGUGCCAAUCUGGAGAAGACGGAGCUCAAAGUCAGCCCCUCCUUCAUCAUACCCUGCUCCACCAUCCUCUAUAGCAUCAACGAAACAAUACAAAAAAGAAACUGAUCACAAUGAUUCCAAGUUGCCAUCUAUAGAAAGGCCAAAGAAAAGUGCUUCUCAUGUAAAAUUUUCUCUUCGUGAUGAUUUUGAUAAGAAAAGUUCAACGGCUGAUCGUUUAACCCGAUCACAAACAUACGCUUCCACACGAUCUGUAACGACACGUCGCACCACUGCAUGGGAAGACAGUGAUGAUGACAUGGAUGACUUAGAUGCAAUGGAAAGAAUUGAUCUGCGAGCUCUUCUUUUUGGAGACAAGUUUUCUGAAGUUUCAGGGACAUCACGGCCCCAGACACGAGAGAGUGUGCGAUCAGUACGAAGUGUGAGGCGAGGUCAGUCUCAGCCAAUGACACAAGAAAUGAUGGUCGACGAACAAAAGAAGCUGGAUAAAAAACUGGUGCAAUUUUAUAAACUAUGUGAUAAGAAAGUUGAUGAUGUAUCUGAUGAAGAAGAGGAGAUUAUUGAAGUGAAACCUCCUCCACCUAAAACUAGUAAGUUUCCUGUUGUGGCACAUCAGUCCAAGGCCUCUGCUAUUCUCAGUGUAUUUUCUAAACCUCUUGACAAUUCGAAAAAAUGGAAAACAGAGGAGGAACUUAAAAAGGAGGAACUUCAGCAAGCUGCAGAGGAAGCUAGAAACAACCAAGCUUCUAGGAUGAGUGAGAGAUCAGUUGUGGUAGAAAAAGUCAAACCCGUAAAUAAGGAAGGCAAAGAAAAGAAAAAUCUAUGGGAAUUAAUCAAAACAUCUAUGGAUGAAGGUAAAAUCAAACGUGCCGUGACACCAACUCAACUUAUUCUUUCACAAAUGACAAAACUGGAUUUAUCAAACAGACGGCAAUCACAUGUACCAUUGAACUCAGCCAGUCGAGCAAUGCGACACACACCUACAUUCAAAAUGAGGCGAAUUGUUGAAGGAUUAAUGAAGAAUCGUACAAAAUUUGAACAACAGGAAGUAGAAAAUUUGAAAAAGCAGCUUGAAGGUGGAGGAGGUGGUGGGGCAGAAGGGGAAGGGCAAAUGGUAGGGGCAACAGCAUAA